GGCGCCCUCACAGCUGCCUUCCCGGCGCAUCAUGAGGUCCUCCAGCUUCUUCCUCGCCGUCGUCCUCUGGACUGAGCUGCCAUCUGUGCCCGCCCCAUUUACAGACGUGUGCAGCACCUUUCCAAAGGAUUCUGAUCGAUGUGGGGAGCCCAAGCGCCGCUUCUUUUACAACUCGACCUCCAAGGUGUGCGAGUCGUUCCUUUUCCGAGGUUGCCUGUGGAACCGCAACCGGUUUUACACCAUUGAGGAAUGUCAGCGCCACUGUGGGAAGAUUGAGAAGCCCGGUUCGUGUCUCCCGAGCCCCAUGCAUGUGACUACGGAGUGCUUAGCCUACUGCAUCCAUGACGGGAACUGUCCUGGAGAUCAGAAGUGCUGCUCCUAUGGGUGUGCCUUGCGCUGCUCUGACCCUGUCAAAGAUAUUUGCAGACUCCCUCCAGAUGCUGGGCCCUGUGAUAGCAAAACCCAAAACUGGUUUUACGACUGGGACACUCGGAAGUGUAAGAAAUUCAGCUACGGUGGAUGCCUUGGCAACAAAAACAACUUCAGGAAACUCAGAGAAUGCCAGGCCAGGUGCCAGCGAGGAGGGUCUUCCUAAAUCCUCCUCACCUGCCUACCGCCCCCCCCCCCCCCACACACUGACUGCCGCAAAGCCCUUGGCCGGACCAGCCUGAGAUGACGACAUACAAGAAUAGGCUGCCCGUCAGCGUGCAUUUUGCAAGGAUGGUCUGGCUAUAGUACAUUUUCCAAUCAAUGAAUGAACGUUGCUGUAAUGUGAUGAAAAAUGUCACCAUCGCUGCAUAAACAUCUCAGAGUGUGAACAAUGCUUCCCCCCGGGGGGUGUCCUUGUUUCAAGAGGGUGCAAAGGAUUGUCUGCUUCUCCUUGCACUGUCCUGCAAGGUCCUGCCCUCCAAGAGGUCACCUCAUUCCUCGGUCACACUCUGGGCUCUGCAAAGGCCUGCAAGCAAGCAUUGGAGUGAAGGAAACCAGCCAGUCAAGCAGGCAGUGGCCGCUUGCAGGAGCCCGGCACACACGGAGGAGGAGGAGGAAGAAGAAGGAGGGGCUUUGGCUCCCUUGGCUGCUGCCUCACUUUAUUGUCUCCUGGGUGGUUCUCCCUCCUGACACCCCCAUCCCUGUCCCCAGCCUGGUCUUCUCCCAAGAGCAGCAGCAGCAGCAGCAACUGGUUGGGGGCCGGAGGGAGUCUCUCUGGGGGUGUUUCUGUAAAUGUUCUGUUUGAAGAGCAGCUGCUUUUGCCGCUUCGGCUGCUGCUGGUGGGGAAGGGGCAUCAGGCCCACUUAGGGGGGUCCCUUUGGUGGUCCUGAAAGUACGAAAUAUCAGGGAUGGAGAAAAGGAGUGAUAGGUAAACGAGGCUUGAAUCACGUUUGCAGAGACUGAAUGCUGUGAUGGGAAGGAGCGAGGAGGCUGCCUUAGGCCAGGUCACCUGUUCCCGGUCUAGUCCACCUGCAUUUGCCCCAGGGCUGGGGAACCUUGCUUGUGUUGAGGGCCACAUUCCUGGGGUGUGUAGCCACUUGGGGGCCACAUUCCAGGGAUGGCUGGAGCCCUGGUUGGGGUGGAGCUGACACGGGGGAGGCCGGUCCACUGGGUCAAGUGGGGCACUGCCUCGUCAGCCUCAGUCUCUGCCCUCAGCCAGCCCCCACCUGCCUGCCUUCUAACUUAGAACCACUCCGGGGUGGGGGUGGGGCGCCUGCCAGGCCCCUCCUCUGCAGAGCCAGCGUGACCCUUGUGGAACUCCGCAGGCAAGAGUGAGUCGGCUCUCCCUGUCACUGGCCCUGACGCUCCCCACUGUUUGAGCUCCCUGCCUUCUGCCCUACCAGUCCCAAGGGGCACCAGCCACCACUGGGCUGAGGUCAAAAGUGGGCAGAGCUGGGGUUGGGGCCACUCCUUUUCACGCCGUGUUACCCCACUUUCUCUCUCUUUGGCACUCCCCCCCACCUCUCUUCUCUUCCUCCCCACGCUUCAAUGUUCUCCCUCCCCUCUGUCUUUCUUGGGAAAGAGGAUUUUUGUCAGGGCUUCCUAGCCCAUGGGGUGGGGAUGCUUAACCGUCCCCUUCACAGCCAUCUCUCCAGUCAAAAUCACCCCCGUGCAGCAAUCUGGCUUGGAAAAGCUCCACCGGCUUCCUAUACUUAACUUUGCUCUGUAGGUUUGCAAAGGUGGGACCCAACGGUAAAGAUGUUGAAAAGCCUCCCCAGCGAACAGGACUGGAGCAUUCCGUGGCUGGAAGCACCUCCGUUCAGUGGCUGUAGGGGGACAGCAGGGCAGCGGCAUUCAUACUGUUCCCUCAUAAGUGGCAGUUGUCAUUCAAAGUGCUUCACCCAGUUAUGAUCCAAUAAAAUCACAAUGUUAAGAAAAGCAAUUCUUUAAAAGAUCCCAGAAAGGUUAAGAAGGAGUAGCAGGGAAAGCAGACCUCUGGAGCAGACCUCUGAGCGGAUCCUCGAUGGUCUCCAGAGAGGUGGUGGCGCCGGCAUGCAGGGAACCACAUGAUGAGCACCCAGAACCAUUCUUGAAUUUGAAUUAUAUUGAAUGCAAUUCAAUAUAAACAAGUGUAAAAUUAUGCAUAUUGGAGCAAAAAAUCUGAAUUUCACAUAUACGCUCAUGGGGUCUGAACUGGCGGUGACCGACCAGGAGAGAGACCUCGGGGUUGUAGUGGACAGCACGAUGAAAAUGUCGACCCAGUGUGCGGCAGCUGUGAAAAAGGCAAAUUCCAUGCUAGCGAUAAUUAGGAAAGGUAUUGAAAAUAAAACAGCCGAUAUCAUCAUGCCGUUGUAUAAAUCUAUGGUGCGGCCGCAUUUGGAAUACUGUGUACAGUUCUGGUCGCCUCAUCUCAAAAAGGAUAUUAUAGAGUUGGAAAAGGUUCAGAAGAGGGCAACCAGAAGGAUCAAGGGGAUGGAGCGACUCCCUUACGAGGAAAGGUUGCAGCAUUUGGUGCUUUUUAGUUUAGAGAAAAGGCGGGUCAGAGGAGACAUGAUAGAAGUGUAUAAAAUUAUGCAUGGCAUUGAGAAAGUGGAUAGAGAAAAGUUCUUCUCCCUCUCUCAUAAUACUAGAACUCGUGGACAUUCAAAGAAGCUGAAUGUUGGAAAAUUCAGGACAGACAAAAGGAAGUACUUCUUUACUCAGCGCAUAGUUAAACUAUGGAAUUUGCUCCCACAAGAUGCAGUAAUGGCCACCAGCUUGGACGGCUUUAAAAGAUUAGACAAAUUCAUGGAGGACAGGGCUAUCAAUGGCUACUAGCCGUGAUGGCUGUGCUCUGCCACCCUAGUCAGAGGCAGCAUGCUUCUGAAAACCAGUUGCUGGAAGCCUCAGGAGGGGAGAGUGUUCUUGCACUCGGGUCCUGCUUGUGGGCUUCCCCCAGGCACCUGGUUGGCCACUGUGAGAACAGGAUGCUGGACUAGAUGGGCCACUGGCCUGAUCCAGCAGGCUCUUCUUAUGUUCUUAAUUUGCUUGUAUGCCAACCUGCCUGGCUCUUAACGGUCAGUGAUGUAGACUGAUGUCCGGGGUCUGUAUGUUUUACCCCAUAAGGCAAACAAAAGUGGAUUUAAUUUGUUGCUUGGGGAUCCCCUGUCCAUAGCCUUGAAUUAUGGAGGAAAUGACAGGAUAUGUACCUAAUAAUAUACAAGCAUACAUAAAUUAGGGAGACUGGUGGUGGGAAGAGAUAGGAUGAAACUUCUACCUCCCGGAACUGGAGCACUGAAGGAAAGAUGGCCUUUUCCACAGCUGUGGAAGUCGUUACUAUCUGAAGGCUACCACACCCCGGUCCUUUCUAAAGGCCUUGAAUGUCUGCCUCGUCGUUUGCAUGACUGAUCCCUAUGAAGGCUGAAAUUGACUUCUUUUAAUUGGUGUGAUGUGAGAUUACACCUUAUAACUUGGUCUGCAUAUGGCUGUGGUUGCUGCUGCUGCUGCUGGCUCUUGUAACUAGGGGAAUUGUAGAAUUAUAUUGUGUUUCUAUAUCUUGCAUUGUAGAUAUUGUAAUGAUUUUUUAUUUAUUUGAGCUGCCUUGGAUGAGUUGUACUCAAAAAGGCAGUCAAUAAAUACCUUAAAUAAAUAAAUCAGAUUUU